AUGACUCUGCUGUGCAAAUCUGGCUUAUCUUCUGGGAAGGUCGCAUCAGAGGACGCGCCACAGCGAGGUUCGCAACGGCGCAAUGUAAAUUCGGGUCAAAUUGGUAAUCUAAAUUCCGAAAGUUUCGAGUGGACGUCCACCAGCCACUGGUUUUAUGCUCGCAGGUCUAUAAACCUUGGAAGUGAAUCAAUCCCUUGUCCGUCGAUUAUCGGCAUUCGUCCAAUUACACGAUUAUGUUUUGAACAUGAUCUAUGA